AUGGCAAGCCACGAGUGGGUGUCCCUCAUUGACAGUAAUACAUCCUUAAAAGUUAGUUCAACCCUCGAAAAAGCCACAGGAAAGAAAAAUUUAAUCGACAACAACCCAGAAACAUGUUGGACAUCACAACAGGGUCUUCCUCAAUUCAUACAGUUAGGGUUCGAGGAUAGAGUAUUACCCAAGCGCCUCUCGAUCACUUUUCAAGGAGGAUUCGUUGGGACACGCUGUGCAUUGUUCGUCACGGAUGGCAAAAAUAAAAAGGAUUGGCAGAUAUUUGCCACUGUCUACCCGGAAGAUGUUAAUCGCAGGCAGGCGUUUAACCUGAUGCCUGAACAAUACGAUGGAUUCAAAGAAGGAAUAGUGGCAUUAAAACUAGUCUUCGAAACCAGUUCAGACUUCUUCGGAAGAAUAACUGUGUAUGACUUGAAGAUCGAAGGACUUAUAAUAUAA